GGCCUGUCAUUCUACGUUGAAGUUUAUUAUCGCACGCACGUGGUGAAUCUUUUGAAUAGGAAACGUCGGUCCGCGUGUUUUGCUACCGUGCCUUUUCUUCAAUUCAAGUAGUGAAAUUUUGUAAAUUUUCAAUUAAAUUCAAAUAUGGGUAAACCUGGAUUCUCACCAAGAGGAGGUGGUGGUGGCGGCGGAGGUGGCCGUGGAAGUUUUGGAGGCGGUGGACGUGGUGGUGGCGGAGGCCGUGGAGGUUUUGGAGGAGGUGGUCGUGGUGGUGGCGGCGGUGGCCGUGGAGGCAGUGGUGGCCGUGGAGGUUUCGGUGGACGUGGAGGUGGUGGUGGUGGCCGCGGAGGUGGCGGUCGAGGAGGCUUUGGUGGUCGCGGUGGCGGCGGCCGUGGAGGUGGUGCUGGACGUGGCCGUGGAGGCGGUGGUGGUGGUGGCUUCAAAGGUGGCAAAACUGUUGUCAUCGAACCCCAUCGUCAUGAAGGUAUUUUCAUUGCUCGUGGCAAAGAAGAUGCCUUGGUUACCCGCAACUUUGUACCUGGCUCCGAAGUCUAUGGAGAAAAACGUAUCUCUGUCGAAACAAAUGGCGAGAAAGUUGAAUACAGAGUUUGGAAUCCUUUCCGUUCCAAGUUGGCUGCUGCCGUCUUGGGUGGUGUUGACAAAAUCCACAUGCCUCCUGGCUCUAAAGUAUUGUAUUUGGGAGCUGCCUCCGGUACAACAGUGUCACAUGUUUCCGAUGUUGUUGGCCCCGAAGGUCUUGUUUAUGCUGUAGAAUUCUCACAUCGUUCUGGUCGUGAUCUGAUAAAUGUAGCCAAAAAACGCACCAACAUUAUCCCCAUCAUUGAAGAUGCCCGUCAUCCACACAAAUACCGAAUGCUUGUCGGUAUGGUCGAUACGAUCUUUGCUGAUGUCGCCCAGCCUGAUCAGGGUCGUAUUGUGGCCCUUAAUGCCCAACAUUUCCUUAAGAAUGGUGGUCACUUUGUCAUUUCCAUUAAGGCUUCCUGUAUCGAUUCGACCGCCCAACCUGAGGCUGUAUUUGCUGCCGAAGUCAAGAAGAUGCAAGCUGACAAAUUGAAGCCACAAGAACAGAUUACCUUGGAACCCUAUGAACGUGAUCACGCUGUUGUGGUUGGUGUUUACAGACCGCCACCCAAGGGUUCCGAUUAAUAACCCAAAAAGCAUUUAGUUAUUUUGAAUGUUUUAUUUUUAACUGAUAAACAAUUUUUUAGCUUUAAGUAUUCACACCUACACUACAACUACUACCUUUAUUACCCUUUUUAAUUUUACGUUUUUUUCUCCUACAAAUUACAUAAGUACAGAAAAAAUGCAAAGUUUUAUAUUUAGAAAUAUAAAGAAGAGAAUAAGAAUUUUAAAUAAAAAUAACUUGUAGAAUCAAGUUGAAAAAAAUCGUA